UUUCUAGCUCCCUCUCUUGUCUCCACACCCCUCCCUCUCUUCUCCCUCCCAUCAUUACAGGGCGUUGUCGAGCUGACUAUAAAUUGUUGUAUGAACUUUCAUUGAGCCCCUGCACUCUUUACCAAGUAGACUUGAGCUCCUGCCUCACUGUGUUCUGCACCUACUACUGCAGCCAUGACUGAGUUGGAAAACUGCAUGGAGACCCUGAUUAGAAUUUUUCACCACUACGCUGUUCAAGAUGGUGAUGCGAAGACCUUAAGCAAAAAGGAACUGAAAAAACUUGUUGAAACCGAGUUACCCAGCUUCUCAAAAGCCCAGAACAACCCUAAACUUAUUGACUGCAUGAUGAAGGAUUUGGACCUCAACAAAGAUGAUAAGCUGGACUUCGAAGAGUUUUUCCCCCUGAUUGCCGGCCUCUCCAUGACUUGUGAAAAGAUGUUCAAUCUCCAUCAAAAGAAGGGCAAAAAGGACAUGGCUCGUCUGGAUCAGGUCAUCACAAACAUUGUGGAUGUAUUCAUGGAGUAUGCUGAUGAUGAAGGCAAGAAAGGCCAGCUAAACAAAGAAGAGCUCAAGAAAGUGUUGGAGCAAGAAAUACAAAGCCCAGAGUUAAGAGGAAAUAUAAACGCUGAUGAAAUCGAAGAAGCCAUGAAGAUGCUGGACAAAAACCACGAUGGCGAGGUCAACUUCCGAGAGUUUUGUCGUUGUGUGUGCGACCUUGCCAAGUGCCAUUACCAGAAGAAAAAAGGCAAGGGUGGCAAGAAAAAGAAGGAGCAGGAAGGUGAAGCAGAUUAACAGCUUGGCCUUAAAAUGGCAUUUUAAAGUAUUUAAAGAUGUAUUACACAUAUGCCAGACACAUAUGUGACUCUGCUGAUGGUUCUGAGUGAUGGUAUUAGUAGUAUUUGUGUCAUGAUCCUGCAUGCAAACUGUAGAUUUGUGAAGAAUUUCACCUUCCAUUCUAAAUGAGAAAAAUAAAAACUGAAAAAGUGAA